AUGUCUGCAAGUUCUGAAUUUGGCAGAGAUUUGAAAAAUAAAUGUAAUCUUUCUGUGCACAAAGAAAUUCAGAAAGAUGAACGACCAUUUUCAUGUCCAGAAAGAGAGAAAAUGUUUAAUGUGUUAACAAGUUUUGCUCAACAUCAGAGAAAUUCCACAGGAGAGAAGUCUUAUUCAUGUUCAGAAUGUGAGAAAACUUUUACUGUGAAAUCAAGUCUUCUUAAACAUCUCUGUGGGAAUGGUUUUAGUCGGAAAUCACAACUUGGGGAACAUCAGAGAAAUCACACAGGAGAGAAGCCAUUUUCAUGUCACGAAUGUGGGAAGUUGUUUAAGCGUAAAAAUCAACUAGAACCACAUAUGAGAAGUCACACAGGAGAGAAGCCAUUUUUAUGCUCGGAAUGUGGGAAGUGGUUUAAGAGUCAACAACAUCUUAAGAUACACAUGAGAACUCAUACUGGGGAGAAGCCAUAUUCAUGUUCAGAAUGUGAAAAACAUUUUACUGACAAAGCUUGUCUUGUUAAACAUCUCCGAAUUCACACAGGGGAGAAGCAAUUUUCAUGUUCUGAAUGUUGGAAGUGUUUUAAUAGAAAAUCGAGUUUUGAGGAACAUCAGAGAAUUCACACAGGAGAGAAGAGAUUUUCAUGUACUGAAUGUGGGCAGUGUUUUAGUAGAAAAUUAAGUCUUGAGGUGCAUCAGAGAAUUCACACAGGAGAGAAGCCAUUUUUAUGUCCAGAAUGUGGGAAAUAUUUUAAUCAGAAAUCAAGUCUUGUGACACAUCAGAGAAUUCACACAGGAGAGAAGCCAUUUUUAUGUCCAGAAUGUGGGAAAUAUUUUAAUCAGAAAUCAAGUCUUGUGAAACAUCAGAAAAUUCAUACAGGAGAGAAGCCAUUUUCAUGUUCUGAAUGUGGGAAGUGUUUUAUUAGAAAAUCAAGUCUUGAGGUGCAUCAGAGAAUUCACACAGGAGAGAAGCCAUUUUUAUGUCCAGAAUGUGGGAAAUAUUUUAAUGAGAAAUCAAGUCUUGAGGUGCAUCAGAGAAUUCACACAGGAGAGAAGCCAUUUUUAUGUCCAGAAUGUGGGAAAUAUUUUAAUCAGAAAUCAAGUCUUGUGAAACAUCAGAAACUUCACACAGGAGAGUUGCCAUUUCCAUGUCCUGAAUGUAGGAAGUCAUUUAAACUUAAACAUCAUCUUGAGACCCAUCUGAGAACUCACACAGAAGAGACCCCAUUUCAUUGUCGUGAAUGUGAGAAAUGUUUUACUGAGAAAUCAAUUCUUGAGAAACAUCUGAGAACUCACACAGGGGAGAAGCCAUUUUCAUGUACUAAAUGUGGAAAGUGUUUUGCUAAAAAAUCAAGCCUUGUGAGACACCUGAGAAGUCACACAGGAGAAUAG